CACAGGUUUUCCGCGGCUUAAGCCCCGAUUACACUUGAUUUGUGUAGAGCCACCAGGCAGGCUGUCUCUUAUCAGACACUUUUCUGCAAGGAGGAUGCAUCGCUCUGUCGCCAGCCAUCGCUCCGUACAUCCCAGAUGUUUUACAAGCAGGAGAACGGUGGUUCCCCCACGUUGCCGCAGCAGCGUCUGCAAGGGACGCGUUCUGUUGGGAGGCCCAUCGCCCAACACGUGCAGCGCUACGCCAAACCGCCGACCCCCUCAACAGCACCAGCAGCCCCAACAACCCCAGGGCCUGCAACAGCGCCGGCAAAAAGAUAGUCGUCGGUUGUACGGCAGUCGUACUGCUGUUGUGUCGUACAGCUCUGGUUCUUCUUCUCCCUCCCCUUCUCCUUCCUCCUCCUCUCAGCCGCCAUCAUCACCAACGCCCUCCGUAACCCUGGGUGGUUUCGAGUUGGAUAUUCCGGAGAUCGAUGGCGAUAUUCGCUCCUUGCAAGUUGAAAUGGGAGCCAUCUUUGAUGACCAAGGCAACGCCACAACUUUUGGUCGCAAGCGAGAGGCCUUGCGAGCCAUCUUCGGGCCCCCACCUUCCUCCACACCUUCCUCCGAGACCAGCAGCAGCGACAGCAGCCAUAGCAGCAGCAGCAGCGACAGCAGCCCUAGCAGCGGCAGCAGCGGCGGUGAAGGAGGGGAUUUCGUGUUGUACGACUGCAGCGGUUGGGGGCGGUUGCGGCUGUCGGGCGGCGGGGCG